AUGGGACAUCAGAACAACCACACCAAAGUCGGCACAGAGCACAACAAGGAAUGUCUCAUCAACAUCUCUAAGUACAAGUUCUCCCUCGUCAUCAGUGGCCUCACGAACGUACUAAAAAAUGUGAACAACAUGCAGAUAUUCGGGGAAGCUGCUGAGAAGAACCUCUACCUCUCCCAGCUGAUUAUCCUGGACACACUGGAGAAGUGCCUGGUGUCGAGAACCUGGCCACCAGCACGCUGCAGAGCUCCGUGCCUCUGCCUCAGGGGUCCUCUUCUCCCUCAGCUGCAACAACUUCAACGCUGUCUUCAGCCGCAUCUCCACCAGGACCCAUCAAACUCCACUUUCAAAGAGAAGAUGAAGGAGUUUAUGCAAAAGUUUGACAAGAACGCAGAUGGGAGAAUUGAGAUGUCAGAGCUGGCUCAGAUUUUGCCCACAGAGGAAAACUUCCUGCUUUGCUUCAGAGAGUUUGUGGGAUCCAGUUCUGAAUUCAUGGCGGCAUGGCGACGAUACGAUACAGAUCGCAGUGGGUACAUUGAAGCUAAUGAACUGAAGGGAUUCCUCUCAGACCUGCUGAAGAAAGCUAACAGACACUACGAUGACCAGAAGCUUCACGAGUACACACAGACAAUACUCAAGAUGUUUGAUCUAAACGGAGAUGGGAAGCUGGGCCUGUCCGAAAUGGCGAGGCUUCUCCCAGUUCAGGAAAAUUUCUUACUGAAAUUCCAGGGUAUCAAGCUGACCUCUGAGCAGUUCAACACUAUCUUCACAUUCUACGACAAGGACUUCUGCUCCUUCUAUUGUGCGUGGUUUCUUCUGAGGUACCCAACGUCCAGAUGAGACCAAUCGACUUUGUGUGACGCACAUGCCAGGAGAAACAUGAACAACAUGAAGGACCUGGAGAUUGCCACGGUUGGCUGUAGUGGUUCAGACCAACUCCUCUCCACCCUUCAGCUACCCUAUGUCAGGAUUCUAAAGGCAUCCUGUGAUCAGAAAUCUGGUGACUUGACAGACCCAGAUCCAGACCUAGGCUGUCCCAGCCAACAGAGCCAGAGUCUGACCCAGGCUGUCCCAGCCAACAGAGCCAGAGUCUGACCCAGGUGCUGCAGCUGUAUGGCAGGCCGCUCCGGGGGAAGCAGUGGCUCUCCCUGGACCUUAGAGACAGCUGUCUGGACCAGAGAGGAUAACCUGGGAUUUCUUCUAUCAAUAUAAUUCAAUUCAAUUUCCAUUUAUUGGCUUUAUUGGCUUUAUUGGCAUGGGAAACA